AUGUCGAUAUACACGACGUUGACCGUUUGCUCGAAACAGGGUGAACCGGAACUCAUCAGUAAACAAGACGCGCCUCCACUGCCUCAAUGGAAAUAUUCGGGGGCAUGUGCCGCACCCGAGCCAUACGACGCUGGCAAUGAGCAGCGAUACAGAUCGAAAAAUAUUUAUGAUCUAUUCAUGGGAAAUGCAACAUUCAAUAGUUUUGUGAAGGAAGCGCAGUACCUCAAUAAUUCCUUCCCAGAUCAUUACAAGUCGGAUAUCAUCAACUACUGGAACGACAUGAACAUAACGAAGGUGAAAGUCGGCGUUUACAUUGGACAGGUACAGAAAGCGUUCUUUGAAUUUAAUGCGCUGGGAUGUGAUAAGUCUGAAUGGUUUGCCAGGUCCAAACUCACCAAUUCUUCCUACACCGAUCUUUUGGACACAAAUACAAGAAUCAACUUCUUUUCAAUGGAAGGAGGAUGUUCGGAAGACGUAGGAUGGUUUUUAGUGUAUGAUUUGGGAAGUCGAGGUGUUUGUGCCUGGGAAGUGGAUUAUGUUCCUGAAACACCGGCAAUACUUUUCAUUCCGCGAUCACAGGCUGCAGUUUUUUCUAACGAAAGAGGAAACCUCAGAGCAGAUUUCAUGACCAUAUCAGCACAAUUUGGGUCCAAUUCUCUGUAUAUACAAUACAUCUUGCCGGCUUCGAACUUCGUCAAUGAAGAAAAGACAACUACCACGUCUUCAACAGAUCCAGAGACCCUCGAUGAAAAAGUCGAAGCAAUUAAGAAAGAACUGACAGUGGUCAAAAAGGCGACUUCCGCUUAUAAACGAACGAAAGUCAGUGCGCAUGAUAACCGGUCCAGUUCCAAGACCAUCGGUACCAUCGCAGUUCUGAUAAUAGUAACAGAAUUGCUUCUUAUUGUUCUCCCGGAUGUAGUGGCGAUGUGUCGAGCGAUCAACAGAAUGGUAUGA